CAAUUCAUAAACUGCAUGUGACAUGAAUAAGACACACCUUGAUCACAUGAUCCUGUAAGGGAAAAUGAAGCAAAAAGAGUUGAAAUUCUGAUUCACUGCCACAGGUUUCAGGAAAUAUUGUUGCCCCAGACUCAAAAUGGGCAUGGAUUGGCCAUCACAUCAACAUUUGGCUUGCCUUCUCUUACGUCAAUGGGCUCAUUUUCAGUGGAAAGGGACAAAUUGAUGGUCAGGGCCCAGCUUGGUGGCCAAACCCUUGCUUGCAAAACGUGCAAAUUGUCGGUAUACAUAUGCAUAUGUCUAUACAUAUACCAAUUAAUAGAUCAUUGAUUUCCUUCUUUUAAAUGCACAAAGGUCAAAUCUGCACUCUUAUCACAUUUCUAUGUUUUCAGGGUGCCAAAUGCAGUGGACCAAGUGCAUUGGCAUUUACUAGAUGUGAUGAUCUUAUACUCAAUGGAUUGACCCAUAUCAACAGCCCAAGAAGCCAUAUAAGCAUAAAGAAUUGCAAGGGUGUAAUCAUCUCUAACCUUCACAUAAUAGCCCCUCAAACAAGCCCUAAUACUGAUGGAAUUGACAUCUCCGGCUCGAGCUUUGUUAUAAUCCGUAACUGCACCAUUGGAACAGGUAAGUGCAUACAAAUUUCUCUUGAUUUUCUUCUCUGGUCUUUUGCUGUUUUGGGUUAUUUAUGAAGUAUGAUAUGCUCCAUUAUUAUUAAAAAUAGGUGAUGAUUGCAUUGCAAUUGGUGGGGGCUCCUCCAAUGUUAAUAUCAAUGGUGUAACAUGUGGACCAGGCCAUGGUAUAAGGUUAGCAGCCUUUUUA